GUUUCCUUCUUCUCCUUCCAUAUCUCUCUUCCUUUUCUCUUCUUCCUCUCCUCGUCUCUCAUUCCCCUCUCAAUCUCUAUCUCUCUCUCUCUCUCUCUCUUUUCUCCGCCGCUGCUCAGAUCUUCCCCGUUCUAACUCUUUUGUGGAUCCAGAUUCUCCUCCUUUUUAUGUAGGUAAGACGCAUAAACAAGUGGUGCUAAAGAGUCAAAAGAUCAACAAAAGUUUUUAUAAUCGGGUGAUCUGGGCUGCAGCAGAUGCGAGUGAAUGUGGGUGUUUCAUAGCUUCGCAUUGUUUUGGAGACAAGGAGGCUUGUUAUCAUCUAGUGGCGGCUACAGGCACCCAUGCUGUUAGAGAGCAUGCGUGGAUACUGUGUUUUGGGUGAUGCCCCUGACCAAAUUAGUUCCCGAUGCAUUCGGGGUUGUGACCAUCUCUCUCGUCUUCCUGCUCAUCCUCCUCGGUCUCCUCUGCAUCGCUUACUCUCUCUACUUCCAGUCUCACGUUCGUAAUCAAAGGUUUCUCCAGCUCGGUUACUUCAGCGGUCCUUGGAUCAUCCGGAUCGCUUUCAUCCUCUUCUCUAUCUGCUGGGCCAUCGGAGAGAUUCUCAGGUUGAGUUUGUUCAGGCGACACAGGAGGAUACUUAGCGGGUUGGAUCUCAGAUGGCAAGAGAACGUCUGCAAGUGGUACAUCGUCUCGAAUCUCGGUUUCGCGGAGCCUUGCUUGUUUCUCGCCCUCGUGUUUCUCCUGCGAGCUCCUCUGAAGAUGGAGUCUGGGGCGCUGAGCGGGAGAUGGAACAGGAACACUGCCUUUUACAUCUUUCUCUGCUGUCUCCCCGUGUUUGCCCUCCAGCUUGCGAUUGUUCUGUCCGAGUCGCGCCUAAACGGUGGUAGCGGCGCUUACGUGAACCUCCCGCGCAACUUCACGAGAACCUAUUCCCGAGUUAUUAUGGAUGGGGACGAGGAGGAGGUUGCGUUGUGUACUUACCCUCUGCUGAGUACAGUCGUCCUCGGCGUGUUCGCGGCCGUGCUUACAGCUUACUUGUUCUGGCUCGGGAGGCGGAUACUGAAACUUGUGAUUAAUAAGCGUCUGCAGAAGAGAGUGUACACUUUGAUAUUCUCCGUCUCGUGUUUCCUUCCGCUGAGGAUUGUUAUGCUCUGUUUGUCGGUACUAACCAAGGUGGAUACGGUUGUGUUCGAAGCCCUUUCUUUCUUGGCCUUCUCCUCCCUCUUCUGCUUGUCCGUGGUUUCCAUCUGCUUGCUUGUCUACUUCCCUAUCUCGGACUCCAUGGCGUUGAGGGGUCUAAGGGAUGUGGACGAGGACGAUAGGACUGUGGCGGAGGAAAGGAGUGGUGCUCUGUUGCUUGGACCACAGACCGAUGAUAGCUUGAGCUUGAGAGGUCGGAGAGACUCCAGGUCUUCUUCGCAGGAGAGGUAUGUGGAACUCAGCCUGUUUCUUGAAGCUGAGAACUAAAAAAAAUGGGUGUAAGAUUAAGAAUAUUUUGCGCAAAAAAGGCAUUAUUCAGUUUUUUUUUUUUUUGGCGAAGACACUGUGACUGUAAAGGAGGGUUUGAGGGGGAUUUUACUCUUGUGAGGUUUUGUUGUUUGAAAUAUUUUCUGCUUGGUGGAUCAUAUUUUUGUACC